ACCUCUUGUAGUUCUCAAAUGCUUGCUUCAAUGGAGAAUUCACUAGGACACAGAGAUGACGCACAGAAGAAGUCACCACGAAGCAUCACCACUCCGACAUCGACCAGACGGGUUAAACCCUCCAACAAGUAUCAGACCACUUAUAUCCACACUGACGUUAACUCCUUCAAGAAAGUCGUCCAAAUGCUCACCGGAAUCUCCAAGAAACCCAACACCCACAAACCCGACCCGAGAUCUUCUUCUUCCGUUCACUCAAUCCCUCCCAUUAAAGCCGUCCCCAACAAGAAGCACUCUUCUUCCUUCCGCCUCUACGAACGUCGCAACUCGACGAAGCAUGCUCUCAAGAUCAACACGACCCACUCCAAAUUACCCAAGAUUCUCUCUCCCAGCAUCUUGAACUUCCCGUCUCUGGCUCUCAGCCCUAACACCCCUCUCAUGCCUGACCCGUUUCGUGGAUGCGGGUCUUUGAGCCACAGCCCUAGUGAUCCGAAACCGAGCUCAGACGAGGAAGAGAGAGCGAUCAAGGAAAAAGGGUUUUACUUUCAUCCGUCACCGUCGACGACUCCGAGGGAUCCGGUGCCCCGGCUUCUCUCUCUGUUUCCUUCACCUCGUGAGCCCUAGUUUUGCCUUUGUUUGUUUUAUAAUGCUUGGUGUGACAACUGAGGAAUGAGAAAUAUACUUAUAAAACUUGGACUUUUCCGAUUACACUCACCCAACUGAAAUCAUUUGCUAAUGGAU